AUGGGUUGGGAUCUAAUAGUGAGGGUCAGCUCGGACUUUGUAUUGGCUGUCAAUACGGAUCAACAGAUAUUCAGUUUUGGUCGCAAUAAAUGGGGACAUUUGGGACGGGAUGUGGAUAGGGAUGGCUGUCAUAAACCAGAACUUGGUGAGGGUGCGUAUGGACAGGUAUACAAAGUUAAACAUAAAGACAAUUAUGAAGAAUAUGCGGUAAAGAUAUGUAAAUUAAACGAAAAAGAAACACAAAAUGUUUUGAAUGAAACGCAAAGUCUUGUGAAACUUCGGUCAGAAUAUGUGAUUCAAUACUACUAUUCAUGGAUUGAAUGCAAUUGUCUUUACUUCCAAAUGGAGUUAUGUUUAGAUAAUCUCAAAAAUCUGUUGGAAACUAAAAAACCAAAUAAUGAAUUGAUGACUGGUUUUAAUUAUUAUAUAUCGUAUGAAAUAUUUCGUGAACUCACAGAAUGUGUGCAAUUUUUGCACGAAAAGCAUAUCAUUCACAGAGACCUCAAACCGGAUAAUUUAUGUGACUUUGGUUUGGCUAAAGAGGUCGUGAAUAUUGAUUCGUAUAAUAUGUCUAAAGCUACACAUACGGCAGAUGUCGGUGACCCAGGCAUAUAUCAGGCACCUGAAGCCCUGGGAACUGUAGACUAUAUGGCACCGGAAGUCCUGACUAAGGAUUACAAUCAUUUGAUUGAUAUCUAC